AUGGGCGGACGCUGGCGCUGGUUCCUCUCGUCCGCUGCAUCCGCUAGCUGGCCCACAAAUCAGCCUCUCCUCCCUGCUACCCCGUCCAACGCGCACGCCCGCCUGCCCCGCCCUCGCGCCGCCACCCCGCCCCGCGCUGCCUGCUCUGCUCCCGCGCGCCCGCCGCCGCCCGCCGCGCGGCUCGCUCUGCUCCCGCGCGCCCGCCGCGCUGCCCGCUGCUCGGGCGCGCCCCCGCCGCUGCUCCGCGCGCGCGCUCUGCGCCGCCGCGCCGCCACGCGCCGCACGCCCGCGCGCGCUGCGCCGACGCGCCCCCGCCGCACGGGGCCGCGGCGACGACGGCAGAGGCAAGGGCGGGCGCGGCUCGGCGCGGCCUGGGGCGAGGCUGGGGCGCGUGCGCGGGGCAACGUGAGCUCGGGGCGGGGCACGCACGGCAGAGCGGCGGCGAGCUCGCAGCGGGGCUUCCGGGUGCACGCGGGGCGGCAUGGCGAGCUCGGGGCGAGGCGGCGGCGGCGGGGCUCCGGGGUGUGCGCGGGGCGGCAUGGCGAGUUCGCGGCGGGGCUCCGGGGCAAGCACGACCGCGAGGCUGGCUCCUCGUCGGGACGCCGUCGCGGCUCGGUGAAGAAGGAGGAGCCCGCGUCGCCAUCGCCACCACGCCGGGCCCCCGCGUCGCUCGCGUUCUCCAUCGCGCCCACGUCCGCUGGCGAGCGCGACCGGCAUUACAUCCGCGCGUCGGUGUGCCGCCGUUAUUGGGAGACGAGGACGCCGCUCCCCUGGAGCGACGUCCACCUCCCCAAUAACUGGCAUCUCUCCGCCGACCGGGUCCCGAUCCCGCCGGUCCCGACGAGCGGCCGUGCGCGCGACGAGGAGAUCGAGCGCCACCGCCGCCUCCUCCCCGACGACCUCUUCUACGACGCCAGGUACGCCCCCGACUCCGGGCUCCGGGACACCUGGUUUCGUGACGAGCACGACACCAGGCGCGCGUCGUUCUUCGCCGGCACGUCGACGGGGCCGCGGCGGCCACGUCGGGAGCGCGCAGCGCCUGCUCCCCAGGAGCGCGGGCGUAGGCGGGUGCGCGGCGUCACGCCCACGCCGUCGCCUUCGCCAUCUCCAUCGCCACCACCACCUCCUCGCAUGACGGAGGAGGAGGAGGCCCGUCUCGUUGCGCGUGUCAUGGAGAACUCCAUGCGCACGCACGAUGAGCGCCAGUGGGAGGGCCUCGAGGAGAUGCUGGCCCGGUCCGCCGCCGGCGAGGUCGCCAUCCCCGAGCUGGAGAUGGUGGCGAAGGAGGAGAUGGCCGACGCCGUGGGCGUGAACUGGUGCCCCACGCCGCCGUGGUCACCGGAGCGGGAGGCGUCGCCACGGGAGGAGGUGGUGCAGGCACCUCCCGCCGUCCAACCCGCCCCCGUCUACCACGCACCACCGGCCCACCUCUGGACGCCGCCGGCCUACGUCGACCUCGUCAGCGACGACGACGACACCGGCGGCCAGUGA